GUUUGGCUUCCUUUCUAUAGUAGUUACUUCUACCUCACCAAUACACCCACAUUUUCACGACCCAAAUUUCCCCAUCAUUUCUUUCCCCAAUCUCUCUCUCUAUAUAUAUAGUUGAGUUUAGGCCUCAAAUCACAAGUUAGAAUCAUUCUACAUAAUUCUAUUCAGCUCUGAGGCGCCAAGGUGCGUGUGAUCAUAAUUUUCAAUUCCCAGAUGGAUCACAACACGAUCAAUAACAACAACAACAACAACAACGACAACAACAGCUUCGACGAGGAUGCGUAUAGAGGGGUAGGGAUUCACAGCCAAGUCACGAAAGUGAAGCUGGAGAUGGAGAAGAUCAAUCGGCUCGCGUUGCAGCAGCCGGAAGCGCGGCCGGCCCUUCGCGGGAUCAACCGCCAGCACCACCGCUCCCGCUCGCCGCUUGGUUUAGCCCAGAGGCCGAUUUCUGUCGGCAAUUAAUAGGACUAUGUAUUUUCAUGUCCCUCUAUAGUCUAUAUAUAGAUGGUUUAGUUAUAUUCUAUAUGGUUCAGACAUAACUAGUUUUCUUGUUUAGGUACCUUUUGUGUCUUCACUUGUACAUACAUACUUCUUGUACAAAAUACAGCAAUAGAGCCUUUACUUUCUUCCCUUA